AACGCGCACAGAGACAGACGAUGCAUAACUACGCACAGCAAGCAAAGCUUAGAGCACCCCCUAGUUCCACAGAGAGACCCCAUUUUUCAUUAUUUUCUCAGCUACUUUGAUUUUUCCCCAUUAAUAAAAAGGGGAAAAGAAGGGAAAUAAAGGAGUAGAAAUUUUAAAGACCCCAUUUUUCUGUUUCGUUCGUUUUCGCCGUCGUCAUGGGCAACAUACUCUUGGAGGCGCUCAACGUGCGGGUGGUCGGCUCCGGCGAGCGGUCCCUGGUGCUGGCCCACGGCUUCGGCACCGACCAGUCGGCGUGGCAGCGCAUCCUCCCCUUCUUCACCCCGCACUACCGCGUCAUCCUCUACGACCUCGUCUGCGCCGGCAGCGUCAACCCGGACUACUUCGACUUCCGCCGCUACACCACCCUCGACGCCUACGUCGACGACCUCCUCAACAUCCUCGACGCCCUCUCCGUCGACCGCUGCGCCUACGUGGGCCACUCCUUCUCCGCCAUGAUCGGCAUCCUCGCCUCCAUCCGCCGCCCCGACCUCUUCACCAAACUCAUCCUCAUCGGAGCCUCCCCGAGGUUCUUGAACGACAGGGACUACCACGGGGGGUUCGAGCAAGGGGAGAUCGAGAAGGUGUUCUCGGCGAUGGAGGCGAACUACGAGGCGUGGGUGAACGGCUUCGCGCCGCUGUCGGUCGGGGCGGACGUCCCGGCGGCGGUGCGGGAGUUCAGCCGCACGCUCUUCAACAUGAGGCCCGACAUCUCGCUGUUCGUGUGUCGCACCGUGUUCAACAGCGACCUGCGCGGGGUGCUGGGCCUCGUCCGCGUCCCCUGCUGCAUCGUCCAGACGGCGAAGGACGUCUCGGUGCCGGCGUCGGUGGCGGCGUACCUCAAGAACCACCUGGGCGGGAGGAACACGGUGGAGAUGCUCAACAUCGAGGGCCACUUGCCGCACCUCUCCGCGCCGGGGCUGCUGGCCCAGGCCCUCCGGCGAGCCCUCCGGUGACCCGACGACGGCGGCGGCGGCGACCGCAUCGCUAUUAAAACUUUUCUUUUCUUUUCUUUUUUUUUUCUCGACUUAUUAAUGCCAAUUUCCGGUGGGGCCUACGGGGAAGUUUAAAAAAGAAAUAAGGAGGGUGCGAGAGGUUGACACCUGGCGAAUAUCUUGUGGACGCCGAUCUUGCCGAAAGGAUAAGUCUACGCACGUGGCCAUCACGUGAUGACGCGACCCCUUUUCUGUCCCUUCUCCUCUCGUCCUUGUCCCCCCUUUUUUUUUUUUCUUUUUGGUUCUUUUCCUUUUCUGUAUUUUGUUUUUUGGUCGACUUUUCCUUUUUCUAUAAUAGCAAUAGCAUUAUCGCUUUGGAAGAUCUCUCUCCAUUUUUCUCCUCCCUUCUUUUUUUUUCCUUUUUCGAGAAAUAAAAAGGGCAAAAAAAUCUUAAUUUGGAAAAUGAGAUUUUUUUUUGGGCUCUGGAGGGGUUGUACGAAUUCCUUAAUGGGAUUAUGAUUUUCUUUUUCACUUUUUUUUAUUUUUAUCUUUAUUUCUUUUUUUGGGAUAUAGAAAAAACAGUUUGGGUUGUGCUGGAAUCGCGUGUUGUUUUUGUCUUCAUCGUCCAGAUACAAAAGAAGGUCGAGCCCACCAAGUUGAUGGGCCUUUUUU